AUGGCGACGCUGGGAGGCGAGUCCCAGCCUUUCCCCGCUGGCCUGGCGGCGGCCGGGGCGCUGCACCCCCAGCACCUCGGCGGGGGCGCCGGCUCGCUCGGCUACAACCUGCCGCUCAGCCGCGCGCUGGAGCGGGCGCUGGAGGAGGCGGCGCACUCCGGGGGGCUCAGCCUGAGCGCCAGGAAGCUGAAGGAGUUUCCGCGGGGCGCGCCCGGGCACGACCUCUCCGACACCGUGCGGGCAGAUCUGUCCAAGAAUAGAUUAACUGAAGUUCCUAUGGAGCUGUGCCAUUUUGUGUCACUGGAAACACUAAAUCUAUACCACAAUUGUAUUAAAAUUAUUCCAGAUGCCAUAGUGAAUUUACAAAUGCUGACUUACUUAAAUUUGAGUCGAAAUCAGCUUUCUUCUUUGCCAGCUUGCCUGUGUGGUCUUCCUCUAAAAGUCUUAAUUGCAAGUAACAAUAAGCUAGGUUCCCUUCCAGAAGAGAUAGGUCAGCUAAAACAGUUAAUGGAACUGGAUGUCAGCUGCAAUGAAAUCACAACUUUGCCACAGCAGAUAGGCCAGUUGAAAUCUCUAAGAGAACUGAAUAUCAGAAGAAAUUACCUCAAGGUUUUACCACAAGAACUUAUAGAGCUUCCCUUGGUAAAGUUUGACUUUUCCUGCAAUAAAGUGCUCGUGAUUCCAAUUUGUUUUAGAAAGAUGGUGCAGUUACAAGUAUUAUUGCUUGAGAACAAUCCUCUGCAGUCUCCACCAGCACAAAUUUGUAUAAAGGGUAAAGUGCACAUAUUCAAAUAUCUGAGCAUACAGGCGUGCCAGAUUAAAACAACAGACUCACUUUAUCUUAAUGCCAUAGAACGACCACACUUGCAGCAACCUGUGGAAGAGAGCAUUGACGACAUAUAUCCAAGUAAGAAGGAUUCUGAUUCAGGUGUUGGCAGUGAUAACGGAGAUAAACGUUUGUCAGCUACAGAGCCCUCUGAUGAAGAUACUGUCAGCCUUAAUGUACCAAUGUCAAAUAUUAUGGAAGAAGAUCAGAUUAUAAAGGAAGAUUCGGGUCACCACAUCAACCUAGUCCAAGUAGAAUUUCAUCAGGGACCUUCUCUUAUGAUUCACAAUGAUAAGUCAAGAGAAGCAGGAAACCAGUUUGCUGAAGGAUCACAUCCCCUCACGACUGAAUUUAUGAGCUACAUCAAGGGCAGAGCAGCAGAAUGUGAUCAAUUAUUGCGAAUAGAAGAGGACACACAUUGGCAAACAGAAGGAAUAACAAAUACAUCAAACAAGCAAAAUAUUGAUAUAGCCAUGAUAGAUGAUUUAAAAGAAGCAGUAGAUUUGCUACAAGAUCCCAACAGAUUAAGCAUGGAUAUUACAGAGAGCAGUGGUGUGAAUCUGUAUCCCAUGGAAUCAGCAACAGAUUUAGAAUUACAGGAGUCUACAGUAAAUGGCCAAAUGCAGAUGGAGGAGGCUCCUAUCUAUCAGAAUGAAAAUGCUGAGGAGGAAUUAGAAUUUCAGAAGAGGAGAGAAUUGAUUAUAGAGAAAACCAAGACUGAAGCCAAAAUAGCAUGUAAGCAGGAUGAGACGCAACUACUGAGUCAGAAUGAUCUGAUUGUCUGGAAUAUAGGAGGAUGCAGUUCUCACAAUGAGAGUAAGGAAAAAACUCCCACACAAUCUCCUACUACAAACAACACAGCUCCUUUUGGCCUGAAGCCACGAUCAGUAUUUUUAAGACCACAGAGAAAUUUGGAAUCCAUAGACCCUCAAUUUACAAUUCGGAGGAAAAUGGAACAGAUGAGAGAAGAGAAAGAGCUUGUGGAGCAAUUGCGUGAGAACAUUGAAAUGAGACUAAAGAUUUGUUUGCCUGAAGACUUGGGGUCUGCUCUUAUGGAUGGGGUCGUUCUCUGUCAUUUAGUCAAUCACAUUCGUCCUCGAUCUGUGGGAAGUAUCCAUGUACCCUCACCAGCAGUACCUAAACUUAGCAUGGCCAAAUGCAGGAGAAAUGUGGAAAACUUUCUGGAUGCAUGUAGGAAACUGGGUAUACCAGAGGAGAAGCUCUGCCUACCACAUCACAUCCUAGAAGAAAAGGGCUUGGUAAAAGUGAGCAUAACAGUUCAAGCAUUACUAGAUGUAACCACAAUGAAGCAAGCUUUAUUCACAUGAAACUACUAUUUCUGCUGUAAUCAGCUCCAAUGUGCCAUAAAAGUAUCAAAACACUGCUCAUCUUUUCAAACUGCAUUGAAAAAUAUCCUUCUGCUCCAAAAGAGUAUUCCUACAUUUCUGAACUGAAAUCACCUUUCAGACUAUCUGUAUAUAUUGAACUGCAAACUAAUAAUCAUUUUAUAAAGCAAACUGGCAUUUCACUGCUUUUAUAGCUCAAUUUGUACAGCACCCAUUAAAACAGCCACCUCUCUGCCACUUACAUAAGUGUGGAGUACAGCUGCCUUGCAGCAAAAUAUGUUCAUCUUAUUAAAGCAAGAGCAUCUUCUUCUUUUUUUUAUCUGAAUUUUAACAUGUUUUGUUUUUUUGCAGUUGCUUCAGGCCAUUGCCUUUUAAAAAUAUUCAGACAAAAUAUUUAUAUAAAUAUUAUUUAUUAGUGAGUUGUUAUUCAUCCUUUGGAUGCAAAAUAUAAAUUAGGAAACUGUAUUUUAUUACUGCUUUUUUGUGGUUAAACACUUUAUUUUAAUAUAAAUAUUUAGUUAUUUUUUAUUCUACUUGGUGUGCAGUAAUUCUAGAUCUCCAUAAUCGUAUUUUCUAAUAUGUAUGAUAAACAGUAAACAAAAAUAGGUGCUUUAAUGAAAAGAACUGUUAGCUGGGAUGGCAUUCUUUAUUUUGGGGUUUGUGGAAGAUUAAUAUAGUUUCUCUGCAUUCCAGUUAGUUUCCAACAUUCCAGCAGCACUUCCCUCCACCCCCAUUAGAUGAAAUUGGUUGAACUAAAGAGAAGCACACCUUUUUAUUUGUAUAUAGCU